AUUUAGACCUGGCAACCGUGGAGUCUGCUCCAGCGUCAACAAACCAGCAGCAGCAGCAGCAUCCCUGCAGCAUGAUGCAUGUGUCCCAAGAAGAGUUUACGGCCAGCGUGUAAUAAUAAUUAUCUAUAAGAAAGACAAAGAGGGUGACAAGACCCGAGGCCGUAGUGUAUUGUCCUGCAGGAGGGUGCUGCUAGAGGCGGUGAAGGCUGAGGUAUUAUGGCUACCGAGGCCAACUCUGGGGUUGGCACAGACAAUGAGGUUAAGAAUAAAUUACUGUUUACGCCACAGGAGAUCGAUCAGAUUGCCAGGUUCCUUGUGGGUAAUCAGAGAAGAGAAAGAGAAAGUUUGAUCAUCCCCAGAAACUUCACUCCUGUGGUGUUUAAGUCGAGAGAAGAGAAAGCGGUGGAGGCAGUCUUUGAAAGCUGUCCCUUUAAAGCUAUUUUGUCGUUAUUUGCAGGCUUUGUCCUUGGUGGAGGUAUUGGUCUAUUUGCAGCCAGUGUAACGCCUUCAAUUCCAACACCAGACAAACCACAGCCAUCUGCUCGGGAGGUCUUGAGAGAGCUAAAAGUUUCAACAUUAUCUUAUGGUAAAAACUUUGCUGCCAUUGGCUUCAUGUUUUCAGGAGUCGAGUGUGCAAUUGAAUCGUAUCGUGGAAAGACUGACUGGAAGAAUGGCACUUAUGCAGGUGCUGUAACAGGAGGCGUUCUUGGCCUUAGAGCGGGUGUUAAAGCUGGUGUUGCUGGUGCCUUUGGCUUUGCAGUGUUUUCAUUUGUAAUCGAUUACUAUAUGAGACAUUGAUUUUGGCCCUAAUGGUUUCUAGUCUUAAAAUGAAGUGCUUUGCAAAAACAUCUUCAUAUUUACUCGCAAACAUUAGUUUAUAAUAAAUUGCUAACCGCAAUAUCAUGGGUAAUAACACUUCAUUCAAUUGUUAAUUAAAUUUUUAUUCAUGAUAUUAUGGUUAUCAAUUUAUGUGACUAGAACAUGGAUCAUCUAACACCUUCAUGCUCAAGUGGCACCCCCAGGGAUGGCCUAAAUUUCCAGUUGCAUACCAGUGGGGUGUGUCUGAGAUCCUUAUUGUGGGUGCUAAUGGCCUAGUUGGCAGAACUGCAGGCUGCUGCUUUUAUGGUCUAUUGUUCAAGGCUCCAUUGGUCCAAGUGAAUGUAAUUAAUUUAUAAUGAUUACCCCUAGUACUGCCCGCGGGAUGCGUAUGGGGUGCAUUAUAAAGAAAGAAAUUGAAAAUUUAAAAAAUGUGGUGAUCCAUAUCUUACUGUUGGAAAUUAUAUCAUGAUCACUAUAAUAGGGCUGUGAGUGAUGGAAACGAAAGGGGAUCAAAUUAAUAUUAAUAAUUUUUUUAAUUAAGUUCAGGAAAUGAUCAAAACUGCAUCUGUUGCAGUUUGUGAGAUUUCUGAUAUUGUACUUUUAAGUGGCAUAAGAUAAGCAAAAACCAUAUGCCUGUAGUAAGAAAGGGUGCCACUUCAGAGAGCAGCGACAUGUAAUUAUUGAGUGAGGAAAAAUGUAUAGUUAAGCUAUUUACAAUGUAAACUAUCAUUUAAAAAAUCAUUUGUAUAUUAUUUAUAAUAAAAAAAUAAGCCGUAAUAAGUAUUUCUUAUUUUGGUUAUGUACAGUGUUGAAUAAAUACAGAUUGUAACAGACAUGUUCA